CCAACCGUCAGAUUUUUCUUUGUUUUUCGUUGUUCUCUGAUCUUUUCUCCAAUGGCUUGCAGUGCCACUUCUCAACCUUUGCUGAACUUCGAACUCUCACACUCACAUCAACCAAAGAAACCACUCUCUCUCAAUUUCUGUUCCUUCACUAUUAAGCCAAGACUUUCUCCAAAUCCCUUUUCAUCUCAAGCCAAAGCUUACACCAAGAUUGACAUUUUUUCAAGUCCAUCACUGUUUUCUAGUCGGAAACCCAGAUCCCAUGUUGCUGCUCAGAGUGAUUAUUCCUCAGGGGAAGACGCUGAGGCACUUGUACCUGACUCAGCUUACCAAGAGCCAUUUUCUUGGUCUUCAGUCAUUUUGCCAUUUUUGUUCCCAGCUCUGGGAGGGUUAUUAUUUGGGUAUGACAUUGGUGCCACCUCUGGUGCUACAAUCUCUUUGCAGUCACCUGAGCUUAGUGGCACUACUUGGUUCAACCUUUCAGCUGUUCAGCUUGGUCUAGUGGUCAGUGGCUCCCUUUAUGGGGCCCUUCUUGGUUCCCUCCUUGUCUAUCCAAUAGCUGAUUUCCUUGGAAGGAGGAGGGAACUCAUCAUUGCUGCUCUACUGUAUGUGCUUGGCGGUGUGCUGACUGCUUAUGCCCCAGGCCUAAUUGUUCUCUUAGUAGGACGACUACUUUAUGGCCUGGGUAUUGGAUUAGCAAUGCACGGGGCUCCGCUCUACAUAGCAGAAACUUGCCCAUCUCAGAUACGUGGUACACUAAUAUCUCUAAAGGAGCUAUUAAUAGUUCUGGGAAUUUUGUUGGGAUAUUUUGUGGGAAGCUUCCAAAUUAAUGCCGUUGGGGGGUGGCGAUACAUGUAUGGUUUUAGUGCCCCAAUUGCCUUACUUAUGGGAUUAGGCAUGUGGAAUCUGCCACCAUCACCACGGUGGUUACUUCUCAGAGUGGUUCAAGGUAAAGGAUCUUUACAAGAAUACAAAGAGAAGGCCAUCCUUGCCCUAAGCAAACUACGGGGUCGGGCUCCUGGUGAUGAAGCAUCUGAGAAGCAAAUAGAAGAUACUCUAAUCACAGUGAAGUCUGCCAAUAUGGAUCAGGAAUCUGAAGGAAAUAUCUUGGAGGCAUUUCAGGGGCCAAGUUUGAAAGCCUUCAUAAUUGGUGGAGGUUUAGUCCUUUUUCAACAGAUAACUGGCCAACCGAGUGUUCUGUAUUAUGCUGGUCCAAUUCUACAGAGUGCUGGAUUCUCUGCGGCUGCUGACGCUACCCGCCUUUCUGUUCUAGUAGGUUUGUUCAAGUUACUAAUGACUUGGAUAGCUGUUGUAAAAGUUGAUGAUCUUGGUAGAAGACCUUUGCUGAUUGGUGGUGUUGGUGGGAUUGCUCUUUCCUUGUUUCUGCUUUCCGCUUAUUACAAAUUUCUUGGAGAACUCCCUUUUGUUGCUGUAGCUGCUCUACUUCUCUAUGUUGGUUGCUAUCAGAUAUCAUUUGGGCCUAUCAGUUGGCUAAUGGUGUCUGAAAUUUUCCCACUACGCACAAGAGGGAAAGGGAUUAGUCUUGCAGUUCUCACUAACUUCGGCUCAAAUGCUAUUGUUACCUUUGCAUUCUCACCAUUGAAGGAGUUGCUAGGAGCUGAAAAUCUCUUCCUCCUUUUUGGUGCUAUUGCUCUGUUAUCCCUUUUGUUUGUAGUACUCUACGUCCCAGAGACUAAAGGUUUGAGCUUGGAAGAAAUUGAAUCCAAUAUCUUGAAGUGAAAGCUCAGCAGUGCCUACUAUCAUCAUAAUUUCAGUGAAAACCGAAUAAACAACCCUUAGUUUUCUGAAGUUGUUUCUCAGGACAGCAUUAGAUGGUUUUCCAUUUAAUUAUAGCCAUGGAAAACACAAAAUUUGUAGAAAUGAAUAAAUUUGAGUUGAACUUGAGAAGAUGUAUUGAAUUGUAAUGGGAAUGGAUAGAAUGCGUGACCAACUUGCUGCUUGAAGGUUUUAGUUAACUCCAAGAGACCACAGAGAUGGACUUUUAGCUGGCUCCAUGGAAGCCAUUAUAGAUGAAUUUGGUUUUAUUUUGAGCCAAGACUAAUGAAA